UCGGUAAUAAGACUUCGUUUGAGUCCUUGAAUGACCAGUACUUACCAGCCCUUAAAAAGUUAUUACGCAAGUUAUUAGUUUACCCUGUAUAGUAGAGAACGUUGAACUGAGAAGAAAUCUCUAUUCCAGAUGUCAAACCAUUUGAGUGAUUCCCGUUCAGGUAAAACAAUUCUCAGAAGUCGAAUGUUGAGUGCUCUGAUAUCGAUUCCUGAAACAUUCGCUAGAACAUGUGUCCCAAUCAAGUUACACGAGAUAACAUGGAAUCCCCAUCCUCGCAAUUCUAUCUUUCAAGUGCUAUAUAAAUCAGGAAUGACUUGUUUGACAUCAUUAAUUCUGUCGUAACUUCAGUCAAGAGAACCGCAACUAUGUGUUCAAAAUCGAUCAUCAUUCUGGUAGUAGUGACCGCCACUUUAGUUUUAUCCAAAACUGAGCCACCUUUGGGUUGCGUUCAGAUUGAAAACGUAGCCUACAGACGGUUUAUGUUUGCUGGUCAGUAUCAAAGUGGAUACGAUAGAAGCGUCAACUACGACAACUGGGAACGUUUGACCGAUAAGGACUGGAUUUUUGACAAGAGUGGGAAGGAGUAUCGAAUUUACACGGUCAGGAAUCAAAUCGCUCCCAUGUAUCUACGAGUGAACAAGGCGGUGCAGAUAGAUAACGAUCGGCGAAAGGUGCAGCUAUCAGCUUUCGUGAACAGCACAAGCGAGAUAUUGUGGAAGGUCGAAGACCUAAAGAACGGCUACUACGCUAUCCAGAACAAAGAUUUUAAAGAAUACCUCUACGCCGGAGAAAGGAAGUAUGAUACCACGUAUGGUUGUCUCCAUCCCUAUGAAACAAGCAUAUACAACUGGAAAACCAACACCACCAUGUGCCGCCAUGUAGGGCAAGUCUUCACAUGGAAGGGAAAGAAGCCGAAGAAGCUGGGACACGAAUUCCAGUGGAAAAUUCACAGCUGUUGACCCAGAUCCAGUGGAGUGGCGCACCGCAAGCCAUAUGUCAUCUGGCGGUGAUCAAUCAUGACGGAAUAAUUAAAUUUCGCUAAUUAUCACGCCAUACGAAACGCAAAACCGCUACAGGCAUUGGCUUCCAUUAAAUUCCCUUUUUCCCACUGCAGGCUGCUACUGCUUGCUGUAUGUGAAAUAAUUUAUAACAGAAAAAAUAUUAAAUGAAACCUACUCGGGCUGAAACAAACGCUUGGGUCUGUGUGGUCUUGUCCUUCGAGAAUAAAUGAAGCUUUCGUUCUACAUACGCACCUCAUCUGCGGUGUCCUUUCAGCGGCAGGGAAAACGAGAGAAAAAAUUGUUAAUUAAAAAGUUUUAAUUU